AUGAAGAAAAAAGGGAAACAGCCUGUCAGACUAUAUUCCAGAGGCGUAAUCAUGGGUUACAAGAGAUCCAAAGUUAACCAAUACCAGAGGACAAAUCUGCUAAAAGUGGAAGGAGUCAAGACCAAGAAGGACUGUGAAUUCUACUUUGGCAAGAGAGUGGCUUAUAUCUAUAAGGCCAAAGUGACUAAAAUGGGUACCAAGUUUAGGGUCAUUUGGGGAAAAAUCAGAUCAUCUCAUGGUAACAAUGGAACCAUGAGAGCGUCCUUCAAGAAGAACCUACCACCCUGCUCCAUUGGUGGUAGGGUCAGAGUCUUCAUGUAUCCAUCUAAUAUAUAA